AUGUCUUCCGAUGGGAUUGAGAAUGCAAUCAGUGUUCAGACCUGGUCUGAAUACAGACAAACACGGUUCGGGGACAGCCUUGCCACUACCGAAGAUACAGUUUUUCCAGAAAAGGUAAUCAUUCGAGUCAGGCAGGCACAUUGGGUUGAGUUAUCAAGAAUUUGGUCCACCUGGGAUGAUAAUGAGAAGACAUUGUUCAGAGGGAUAUACGACGACAUCGUAGAGCUGCUGAGAGUACCAAUAGAUUCAGUGGUGAUUCGAGCCCUUGCCGAAUGUUGGAAUCCAGCUUACAGAUGUUUUACUUUCGGUAAAGUAGACAUGACCCCUACCUUAGAGGAGUAUACGACUUUGCUGAACAUUCCGAAUGUUAGAAGACAUUCCAUUUACACCAAGGCAAUUCGACCUAAAGGGUUCAUAGCCAAGAUGAUCACGUUGACGGGAAAGACCAAGGAGUGGGUUGAAGAGUACAUUCGUGAUGAAGGGAUCUCCUGGGCUCAGCUGAAGAGUUUAAUUUACGAGCAAACUCCGUCAAAAAGAAGAAGAGAUCACUUCGCACUUGCAGUAUAUGGUUUGGUAAUUUUCCCCAGGAAUGAGGAUCACUUCGACAUCACCUUAAUCGAUUUCGUCGAAGCUGUCGCUAGAAAGAAUCCUGCACCAGCCAUCCUUGCAGAAACAUUCUUGUCACUGAACCAGUGUAGACGAUUAGGGGGAGGUCAAUUCAUCGGAUGUGCUUCACUAUUACUAGUUUGGUGGUGGAGCCACUCCUGGAUAGUCGAGAAAGCCUGGGCUCGGAGACAUCAAUCAAAUUUUUCACCUCUAGUGGAUUUCCUCGACAAAUGCCAAAUCCCAGAGCAUCGCAAGAGGAAAGACUGGGUUGAAGCUCUCCGUAACAUGAAAGAUACUGAGAUAGUAUGGAAGGCUUAUUGGUUACCCAAAGAGGACAUACUUUUUAGGUGCGGUAAUGAUAGUUUUAUAAUGCUACACGGAUUAUGGGGAGCUAUCGGGUAUACUCCGUUAAUUGUACUUAGACAGUUUGGUACCCGACAGUUCGUACCAGCUACCCAUGGCCUGAAAGAGGCAGAGUUUUCUUUCUCUACUCCGGGUUACCGAGAGCGGAUUUCAAAGAUCUACGCGGCUUGGCAGAAGCCUCAAUGCAUGAGCUUCAAGAUGAUAGAGCCUGUAUUCACGCCGGCCUAUGAGGUUUGGAGGUCGCAGAGAAUUAACAACAACACACCUAAGCCAAAUUUAGAGGACCAGUUGACUAUGGAGGAGCGAUUGAGGAGGCUCCCAACAGAAACAGAGUUGUUAAAAGAGGAAAUGCGACUGAUGAAUUUGGAGAGAGAAAAAGAACAGAGAAGCUUUUCGGAGGAGAAAACAAUAUGGGAACUUGAAAUGAUUAAAAAGGACGGAGUGAUAAAACAAUUGGCCAAAGAGAAAGAAAAGGUCCAGGAGAAUUUUGAUGCGCUAAACCAAGAUUUUCGGGCCUUAGAGAGGAAUAUGAGAGCCCAAGAUCUACAUCAUACUGCCAAGACCCUAAAGAUAAAACUCGAUAGGGUAGAAAGAAGCGCAAGAAGAGGCCAAGAAGAAAAGAAACGAGCUCUACAACACGCUCGGAAACUGAGAGAGCAAAGAGAUGAGGCUAACAAGAAUUAG